AUGUCCGGUAGAAGCGAUAGCAAACUUUUAGGUUUAAAAGUAUCUGAUACGGUUGGUGAUUGGAUUGUGACCAAAAAAUUGGGUAGAGGUGGUUGUGGAGCUGUAUUUGAAGUAUGUACAAAACAUGCGAAUGAAACAAAACAUCUAGCGAUGAAGGUGGAAUCGCGCGAUUCGGAUCAAUUACUUAGAGUAGAAGCCGGUAUUUUGAAGCGCAUGCGAUACUCAAAACAUGUGCCCAUUUUCGUCGCAGCAGGUCGUACAGCAAUGUUUAAUUUCCUGCUUAUGGAAUUGCUCGGGAAAUCACUCAGCGAAUUACAUAAAAUAGCACCACAUCGCCAGUUUACAAUAGCUACAGUCCUGAAAAUUGCCCUUCAAGCACUUAAUGCUCUCCGUGACCUCCACAGCAUCUACUUUAUACAUCGCGAUGUAAAGCCAGGAAAUUUUGCAAGUGGUUUGAAAAAUGUUAAUAUAUUGUAUAUCCUGGAUUUUGGUUUAUCACGACAAUUUGCUACAUAUGAUGUGACAACGAAAGCGCUUAAAUUACGCAAGCCGCGUGAACGCGCAUCAUUUCGUGGUACCGUCGCAUACUGCAGCAUUAAUGUACACAAACAUUUGGAACAAGGACGUCACGACGACUUAUGGUCAAUGAUGUAUAUGUUAAUUGAGUUCAUUGCUGGUCGUCUGCCAUGGAAAGGCUUAGAUCGAAAAGAAACAGCUGUUAUCAAGCAAACAAUCAGUAACAGAAGAUUGCUCCAGGGCUGCCCGAAGCAAUUCGGUGUUAUCUUGGAAUAUAUCUCUCUGCUUCACUAUCAUCAGCGACCCGAUUAUGACCAAAUUGAAAAUUUAUUCAUGGUUGCCAUUCAACGACGUAAUAUCGACCGGAAAGCCCCUUUCGAGUGGUGGAAUCCGAAAGCUGAUGAAUACAUCACUCAUGUGAAAGGACCAAGUGAACAAGCAAGGAUAGUGGCAGCUACAAAGAAACAAUUGACCAAACAGAUAACAACAGCUACGAGAGGCAAAGGAGAAAAACCGACGUCAAAAUCUGAACAGCUGGAAACAACGUUAAUGGAAUACAGAGUAGAUACAACACAAUGUACGUGA